CCGCCAAUGUGCGCGACGCGCCUGUCCUAGAGGAAGCGGGUGGGAGGUGGAGAGAAGACACGCGAUCCUUCCGCGAGGUUCGCUUUCGCGUCCGCUCGUGGGAGGCGUGCUUGCAAUAGAUCUCUCUCCCCCACACACACCCGCUCCCAACGCCAAGAGGAGUCCCUGGGCAUUGCUUUGCAAAAUGGCGUUCCAAGGAUAUCAUUCAUCUGAAAUAUAUCAUUAAAUUCAUCUCCCAUUAAAAAAAGCAGACCAAGAUAAACCAGGAAAUGAAAAGAAAUGCCGAGUGUUUGCGAAAUCAAGAUACACUGACUGCAUCCAUGUUACAAGAGACCCCGUUUGACAACUUGUGUCUGACAUCUCAAGCUAUUCUUGAGAGAGCCCAAAAACAAGGAAGAUCAAAAUGCCCCAGAUGUCACGGAUCGAGGAUGUUCUACUGUUAUUCAUGUUAUGUUCCAGUUGAAACUGUUCCCGUUGAAGAUAUUCCUAUUGUGAAGCUUCCCUUGAAGAUUGAUAUAAUCAAGCAUCCCAAUGAAACAGAUGGCAAAAGUACAGCUGUACACGCCAAGCUUCUGGCAUCUGAAGAUGUUACCAUUUAUACAUAUCCGUGUAUUCCUGACUAUGAAGAAAUGCAGCAUGAAAUUGCACUUAUUUUUCCUGGACCUAAUUCAGUUUCAAUAAGCAACAUUCCUCUCUCUUUGCAAACAAAAUGUAAGACGGAUACCAAGGGCUUAUCAGCAGAACCAGCACCCAAGUGUGCAAAAUUGGAGCCAAGCCACAGUAGACUCAUGAGUGAAGAUAAAUUGCCCAAGAGCGAAAAUGCACUGAAAAAAAUUGUAUUUAUCGACAGUACAUGGAAUCAGACAAACAAAAUAAUCACAGAUGAGCGGCUCCAAGGGUUGCUACAAAUUGAGCUGAAAUCUAAGAAAACCUGCUUUUGGCGCCAUCAGAAAGGAAAACCAGAAACUUACCUCUCUACCAUUGAAGCAAUUUAUUACUUUCUAGUAGACUAUCACAAGGAGGUCUUAAAAGAAAAAUAUGAUGGACAAUACGACAAUUUGCUUUUUUUCUUCUCAUUUAUGUACAAGCUGAUCAGGAAAGCCAAGGAUUCUGCAGGAAAAAAGUGAAGUGUUCCUCAUGCAAAUGGGAUCCAUUAUCCUUUAAAACCAGUCCUUUAAAACGAAUUAAGAUUUGAAUGACUGAAACUGACUUACAAAUAGAAUGCUUAUAGUUAUUGUCUUUUAAAUUUAAACUAAAUCCAAACUUACACAUACAAAGCUUAAAACUGUUAAGGGAAGAUUGUCUGAAACAAACCUGGACUUGUGGCAUCUAAAUAGAAUUUUUUUCCCCUUAUUUAUUGAACAACAAAAUUACCAGCUUGAAGUUUGUGUUUAAAGAUAGCAGAAACUUCAUUUGUUAGUUUCAUUAUGCAGGGCUACUCUUUGGACUAUCGAAAAAGAAAUCACUCUUGGUGACUUUACUACCUAUUAAAAAUUACUAGACUAAUUACUUCCCAAUUCCACCCCCAAAGGGAAGACAGACUAAUAUGUCAGCUGUAUUCUAGCAGUAAACAUGAUUGGGACUGAAUUAAGUUGCCAAAUUGCUUAAAUAAGGUUAGAAAACGUAUGUUCCACUGAUUGCUUAUAGGUCUGAACCAAGGUUUCCUUCUAAAGCAGGAAUGACCAACCUUGACACCUUUAAGACCUAUGGGGGGAUAGGUCUGGAAUUCAACUCCCAGAAUUCCCCAGCCAGCCUUGUUUCUGUAGUGCUUCCUUACUUUUGCUGCAUAGCAAACUUCAGAAAAAGUUGACAUUUCUACACCAGAGAUAGGGUACUUUCUGGAGGAAGAGUGUUUCUCAACCUACAAGGGACAAGAUUAACAUUUCCUCACUUUUUGUGAGUUUUUUUUUAAUGAGCGCAUUACAAUUGCCUAAUGCCUAAUGUCAAAAGAUUAAGGCACCUAUUAUAAUGCCUAAUAUUAAAAAAUAAAACUUUGCCAUCAAAAAUUGGCAAUCUUGAUUAAAGCUCAAGGAUGGUCUAUCUGUGAUGUCUAGAAGAUACCAUUAGUUAUCUUGCUUGGUACUUCUAGAUAUUACAGUCCUUUUUAAAUUUCGUCUUUAUUUAUGGAAGCCAGCAUAAGGAUUGGAGCUUAUGCUUUCUUUGCACAGGAACAUACCAUUUGCUCCUAAGAUUGCAGCAAAAUAACAAUUUCAGAAGUUCAAGGCAAAAUAUACAGUCCUUAUAAGGUAUAAACCUAGCUGCAAUCGAACAUGGAUAAAAGCUACAAUAAACCACAUUAGAGGAUGGAUCGUGCAUCUUAAAUCUUACAUGUUGUAUAAAGCUGCAUAUGUUGUUGUUAGUUGCAAAGUUGUGUCCGACCCAACGUGACCCCAUGCACCCCAGAGGAUGGUAGAGGACAGGAAGGCCUGGAGGAAAGUUGUCCAUGGGACCACGAUGGGCCGAAAGCUGCAUAUGUAAUGAUUCAAAUGAUAAAUUCCUUUUGGAGUCAUCUGUUUAAUAAACCCCAAAAAACUUAA